CGCAACAAUGACGAUCCAGCGCAGCAGCUCAGACCUCACACUGCAAGUAUGGCUGGAGACACCGAGACUCAUCUGAGGGACCGUGGCGAGAACACCACCGUCAUUCGACAACCUUUUCUCAUCGGUGUCUCCGGGGGCACAGCGAGUGGCAAGUCAUCAGUAUGUGAGAAGAUCAUGGAGCUGCUGGGCCAGAACAAGAUCGACCACCACCAGCGGCAGGUGGCCAUCCUCAGCCAGGACAGCUUCUACAAAGUUCUAACUCCAGAGCAGAAGGCAAAGGCACAAAAGGGCCAGUUUAACUUCGACCAUCCAGAUGCCUUCGACAAUGAGCUGAUAAUGCAAACACUACGACUGAUCCUGCAGGGGAAAACAAUCCAGAUCCCGGUUUAUGACUUUGUCACUCAUUCCAGGAAAGAGGAGUUUGUCACACUGUAUCCGGCUGAUGUGGUCCUGUUCGAGGGCAUCCUUAUGUUUUACUCCCAGGAAAUCCGAGACCUUUUCCAGAUGAAGCUAUUUGUGGACACAGAUCCAGACACACGGCUUUCACGCAGAGUUCUCAGGGACAUCAGUGAGCGCGGGAGAGAGCUGGAGCAGGUGCUGGCUCAGUACAUCACAUUUGUGAAACCGGCCUUUGAGGAGUUCUGUUUACCAACCAAGAAGUAUGCAGAUGUGAUUAUUCCACGAGGAGCCGAUAACCUUGUGGCCAUUAACUUAAUAGUUCAGCACAUCCAAGACAUUCUGAACGGCGGACCAAGCAAACGUCACAACAGCUGCACGAACGGCCACAGCACCCCACGCCAGAGGCGGACCUCCGAGUCCAGCAGUCGGCCUCAUUGACCCCAUCACACCUCUCUUCUCAGGGCGGAGAGGGGUGUGGGGGGGGGUCGCGCUGUAAAUAAUGCCUCUUAUUGGCAUCACUGUAUUUAAGAGAGGAAACAAAAAAAACAGAUGCAAAAAGAAUUGAAUUGCCUUUUAUUAUAAUUAUGACUACUCUUGUUAUAAGUUACUUAAAUUGUAAUUGUUUGGAUUUAGAUUUUAGUGUGGAGGGUCAAAGAGAUGCCCUUGUUCUUCUUGUGAUGAGACCAUGGGUUAAAAUUAACCUCAUGCAUUUUCCUCCCAGGUUGCAUUUUGUUUUUUAUGUAUCCCCUGAUGCUUCAUGGAUAAUUCAUGCUGCUAAUGAAUAAAAGAGGGGAAUCCUUUUUUUUUUUUUUUGCUUUUUUUUUUGUAAUGUCUGAUAAAACUUGAACCCCAUAAGUCCGGGGAAUCUGAAAGAUGUUUUGAUGGUUUCCAAAUGAGGAGGAUGACAAUAUGAAGAAACCAGGAUUGCACACUGUAUUUGUACUGACAAUCUUGGGAGUGUUUUCUACACUUUGUAUAUCAGUGUUCGAAGUUCCCUCGUUGUGUUGUGUUACUCUAUGGGGUCUGUUUUCUACAUCAAGAGUCCACCACAUUGAUUCAGUAUGUUUGCAGCAGCAGAAACACACUACAUGAUUUUCCAAUACUGAUUGUCACAUGCAGAACAAUGUGACUACAAGAACAAUGAAGCCAAAGGCUGAAAGGUUGAAGAAAAGCAUUGUCUCAGUCUAGUGUUGUAGAUAUUGUACAUUUUUUGGGGAUGCGUUUAACCUCUACUUAAUUGAAACUUUUUCUUAAAUUAUUCCUGUUAAAACUCCCAACACUUGAGUCACAAUAAGGUGGAUGAAGGUUCUCAAGGCCAGACACUUCAGUAUGACAGAUGCAGCCCUGCUAAAUAGGAUUAAGAUUUCUACACUCAGGUUGAUGAUACCUUUUUUGAUCUGAAAUGCCAGAAAACAACAUUAAUGCCACAGCAAUAUCCGUUUUUCCCAGGUCCGUGGCUUAUAACCACAAAGACCCACCACAAUGCCUCUGUGAAGUUGCCUCAGGUUUUCAUGUACAGUAAGUAUCCACAGUGGACAGGUUUCCAUACUAUCUGAAGGUUACAAUAAAAGAGCUGAUGGAUCAAUGUUGUAUUCUA